AUGAAGGUUCUCUUGUUUGCCGUUCUGAUUCCGCUGGUCGCUGCAACGCAGGUGAAGUUGUUUCGGGCCGGUUUCAAUAAGCGGGGGUACGAAUAUUCCCUUGCUUACGCAAAAGAAGCGUUCCCUCCUUCUGAUAUCGCCAAAUAUUGUAAGGAAGAUGAUGAUUUAUUGCCAGGAGUGGUAGACAGCAAAGGUUUUAACGACUGGAUUGUUGGUAAGUUUCCGGUAUUGACUUCCAGCGGUCCGAUAUAUACUGGAGACCCUGUGGAUGUUGACGCAGGCUAAGAAGCAUCGGGCUUACAGAAGUGUUCGUGAUGAUGAGUAUCUAUGAGCCAUAACUUCGCCCGGGCCCGUAAACACCUUUGAAAGCCAGGCACUGUUCACAUUGCCUGGGGCCUUCAACAUCCACUAGGCCGUCAGUAGGGAUCGGAAAACGUGACUUCCCUUUUGGAUGAAAUUGUAAAAAGAAUAAGAACAUUUUCGGGUAGGGAAACGUCAAAAAAUUUUGCGGCAGGACCCGUAGAGAAGUUAUCAGGAGCUUUGAAUUAUGAAGGUUUUUGUUCUCUAACCUCCCUACUAAUUGCAGAGGCUACACCCGUAGUUGAAAAGAAUUGGAAAGUAAAGAUCCCCUACUUCCAAAUUGGAUUAUACGCCCAAGACCAACAGCUCAAGUGGUUCGACGAGAGCGUCCCGAGCAACUUUUCUGGUCUUCCGGCAGGAACUCAAAUCCCCGACGGCACCGCUUACUUCGCACUCGAUCCCCACGGCACCGACGGCCGCCAGCCCGGGGAAUGGUUCGUGUUGCCUGCGGGUGAAAAGGUACAUGCUUUGUUCUGUGGAAAGUCCGUGUAA